ACUGCCGCGCGCCGACGCGCCGACUGGCGGCAGAUUCAAACCUAGGGCGCUGGGGCCUGGGGAGGGGAGCGACGUGCGAGCUGGAAGCGUCGCCCUCGGAGCCUCGGCAGGUGAGCCGUCCAGCUGUCGCGGGAGCCCGAGCCGAGGGCCGCGCGCUCGGCCGCGAAGAUGGCGUACUCCGCCGCGGUCUCGAAGCGGGUGAAGCGCAAGGCGCCCCGCGGCUUCCUCAAGGGCACCGUCAAGCAGAGGAAGCCGCACCUCCGCCUGGAGAGGUGCAGCGACCUCCUGAUUCAUCUGAAUUGCUUACUCUUUGUUCAUCGGUUGGCAGAAGAGUCCAGGACAAAUGCUUGUGAGAAUAAAUCUGGAGUUAUCAAAUGGGAUCAUGUACUGGCUGCAGCCAAGGUAAUUCUGAAGAAGAGCAGAGGUUAGAGGUCAACAUGUGUUUAAGAAUGAUAUGUGUGUUAAUUGAAUUGGCAACAGAUCAUAAAAACACAUUGUAUGUAUCAGUUCAUAUCGUGGAUUAUUAAAACAUUGCCUAUAUGUGCAA